AUGACGAUGAAGAUGAUGAAGAAGAAGAUGACGAUGUUGAUGAAAAUGGUGAAGAUGAUGAUGAUGGUGGUUAUCAUGGUGAUGAAGAUGCUAAAGAUGAUGCGGAAGAUGAUAAUGAUGUUGCGCUCUGCAAUGUACAAUCAUUUCACAGGGAGACUGGUUUCUGCCUUAUUGACCUCUGACCCUUUCUCUCUCCGUCUGUCUCCAGUUCUGCUGUGUCUCCUGUGUGUCCUGUCUUCCCUGGUGGAUCUAACCACCGCCUGUCCUCCGACCUGCCUCUGCAACGCCACCGACGUAGACUGCAGCGGGCGUGGCCUGCUCUCCAUGCCCGCCCUCACCCAUCUCCCCGUCACCGCCCGCACCCUCCUGCUGCCCAACAACCACCUCUCCUCCCUGGGCCCAGGGUCCUUCGCUAACCUCACCUCCCUGGAGCGACUGGAUCUCUCCAACAACUACCUGGAUGAUCUACCCCCAGCGCUCUUCAAGGACCUGGGGAAUCUGUCAGAUCUGACCCUCCACAACAACAGUCUCAGGGCCUUGGAUAAGGAUCUCUUCCAGGGGCUGGUGGGGCUGAGGAAGCUAGAUGUCUCCCUCAACGGGCUGUCUGAUAUCCCCCUGGGUCUGCUGGAUGAGCUGCCGGGGCUGAUGUGGCUCUCCGUGGCUGGGAACAGGCUCCAUGCCCUGGACAGAGCAGCCUUCGAGCCCCUGGCUAACCUCCAGUAUCUUCAGCUAGGGGCUAACCCCUGGGAGUGUGACUGCAACCUGAGGGACUUCAAGCACUGGAUGGAGUGGCUGCUGUACAGAGGUGAGCGACUGAAUGGAUGGUUUUGG